GCCUGUAUGACUUCAACUCCUACUGGAGGGUACACUCGGGCAAUUUUUCCACCAUCCCCCAGUACUUCAAGGAGAAUGGCUACGUGACCAUGUCGGUUGGAAAAGUCUUUCACCCUGGUAUAUCUUCCAAUCACAGUGAUGAUUCUCCAUAUAGUUGGUCUUUUCCACCUUAUCAUCCAUCAUCAGAGAAGUAUGAAAACACUAAGACAUGUAGGGGACAAGAUGGAAAACUCCAUGCCAACCUGCUUUGUCCUGUGGAUGUGGCAGAUGUGCCUGAGGGCACCUUGCCUGACAAACAGAGCACCGAGGAAGCUAUUCGGUUGUUGGAAAAGAUGAAAACUUCAGCCAGUCCUUUCUUCCUGGCGGUUGGGUAUCAUAAGCCACACAUCCCCUUCAGAUACCCCAAGGAAUUUCAGAAGUUGUAUCCCUUGGAAAACAUCACUCUGGCUCCUGAUCCCCAGGUCCCUGAUGGCCUGCCACCUGUGGCCUACAACCCCUGGAUGGACAUCAGGGAGCGGGAAGAUGUCCAAGCCUUAAACAUCAGUGUGCCCUAUGGCCCAAUUCCUGUGGAUUUUCAGCGGAAAAUUCGCCAGAGCUACUUUGCUUCUGUGUCCUAUUUGGAUACUGAGGUUGGGCAUCUUUUGAGUGCUUUAGAUGAUCUUCAUCUAACCAGCAACACAAUUAUUGCUUUCACAUCUGAUCAUGGGUGGGCCCUAGGUGAACAUGGAGAAUGGGCUAAAUACAGCAAUUUUGAUGUCGCUACCCGUGUGCCCCUGAUGUUCUAUGUUCCUGGAAAGACAGCUCCGCUUCCUGGAGCAGGCGAGAAGCUUUUCCCUUACCAGGACCCUUUUGAUUCCACUUCAGAAUUGAUGGAUUCAGGUAGGCAUGUCAUGGACCUUGUAGAACUUGUGUCUCUCUUCCCCACGCUUGCUGGACUUUCGGGACUGCAAGUUCCUCCUCGAUGCCCCAUUCCUUCUUUUCAUGUUGAGCUGUGCAGAGAAGGCCAGAGUCUCCAGAAGCACUUGCAGCUCCAUGACUUUGAAGAGGAUUCAUACUUCCUUGGUAAUCCCCGGGAGUCCAUUGCCUAUAGUCAGUACCCCCGGCCUGCAGAUUUCCCUCAAUGGAAUUCUGACAAGCCAAGCUUAAAAGAUAUAAUGAUCAUGGGCUAUUCUAUACGCACCAUAGACUAUAGGUAUACUGUGUGGGUUGGCUUUAAUCCUGCUGAAUUUCUGGCUAAUUUUUCUGACAUCCAUGCAGGGGAACUCUAUUUUGUGGAUUCUGAUCCACUGCAGGAUCACAACGUAUAUAAUGACUCCCAACAUGGAGGUCUUCCCCACUCAUUGAAGCCCUGACUUCUGCCAGCCAAAGAGGACACAUACAUGUCCCCUUGUCCCCUUCUGGCUCUUGAAAGGUGGCAUUAGAGAUGGUUAUCUUUUACUACCCAUUGUAUUAGACAUAACCUGAGUGGGAAGCAAUCAAAACAUGCAUCAUUAAUUUGACCUAGGACUAUGUGGCAGACAAAUCUUUUCAUUUAGUUCUUAAGUUAUAAUUGAUGAUUGGAUUUAGGCUAGGGUGAAACUCUUGCAUUUUAAAAGCACUCAUAGCUUAGGAUAAAUAAGUACAAAGUGAACUUACCAAAAUGUAAUCAUACCUUUGUAUAUAAAAUCCAUGCUAGCUCCAAAUAAUACUGUACUCAAGAAAUAAUUUACUUGUUGAAUUUAGUGGAUUUUAAAAAGUAACCAUAUAUCUUAGGUAGCCCAGUGUAGUCAAAACAUGUUAACAUGAUUCAUUUCUUUCUCAAAUGUGAAAUUAAGUAAUAAUUCUAGAAGCAACUUCUAUAUGGUCUAUGUUCAACUUUUGUUUCUAAGAUUACAGAUUUCAAAAUCAAAGGUAAAAACACAUGGGAUUAUUAAUACAGCAUUUCUUUAUUAAAUAAUAAAUAAUGCUUAGUAAAGUAUAGGUAAAGGUAAGAAAUUCAGUUAACUAUUUCAAUACUUGCUGGCCCAAAUAAUAAUUUGUUAGUUAAUAGUAUAACUCUUGAACUCAGUGGCUAUCUGUUAAAAUGUCUGUUAUUCAGAAUGAAAACCAUUUAAGAUGUAACUAUACCCAUGACUUGAAUCAUUCAAAAUCAUAUUCAUAUUCCUAUUUAGAGAAUUGCAGAUACCCAUUUAUGCUGGAGGCUGGAGCUAUUCUUUUACUCUUUGGUAAAGAAAACAUAGAUUUAUGAAAUGUAAAUUAUCUUGUGGCUUGUAGAAACUUCUCAUUAAUAGGGUAUAAGUAACUUUUAGAAUGUAGUUCUGCAUUUCUUGCAUAUUCCCUAAAUAUGAAAGUAAUAGGAAAGGUGUGUAAUAGGAAUAAGUUUAUUUCAUUGCCAUUGUUAAAGAAAAGUCAAUUCUAUAAUGUACCAAAAACUGUUCAGUUAUCAGUAGUCAACAGCUUUUCAAAAUACAGUGUAUUUAGUCUUGUAUUAUAUGAAUAAUUUCAAUAAUUUUCUCCUUAAAAUGCCUCAGUGUUUCAAGAUAAAUGUUUGUAAAACAGAAUAUAGCAAAUAGAUAAUUAAAUUACUGUCAUGUAUUAAAUUGUAACCCCAAAGCCAAGAUAUUAUUUUUAAGUCUGUAAAAUCUCAAAAACAGGUUGUU